UCUCUUUUCAAACCCACAUAGUUAUUACGAGAGAACCAGAUUUCUCGUAGAAAACCACAAGAUAAAACUAAUAACAAGAGCAAUUAUCUUUAUCACUGGAAGCAAUGUAUUCUCUAGAGUUUGCAGCUCAUGUGAGUCGAUUGUGUAUGGAAGAAAUCUUAUCGAGAGGCCUAACAGAGCGCAAAAUAUUGCGUAAAUCAGUCCCUAACAGUGUUCUCCUAUUAAAAGUGUUUCGUAAACAGCAGUGCACAGCUGAAGACUUACAUCAUGUCAGUAUUCAUUCAGUGGCUACAUUAAUGCAGGAUACGCUUUGGUGCUGCCAAGAGCGUAUUAUAUCCAGAAAAGUGUGGAAGACGAUAAAUUAUGAAACAUGCACACUUGAAGAACUUUCCAAGUUUAUAUCCAAGAGAGGUAUCGUGUUGUUGUCGGAUAUCCUAGACUUUUUAGUCGAGAUUAAGCGACACAAGUCAUACAACUUAAUGGACGCCUAUCAUUUGGGAGAGGCAAUGGGUAAAGCAACCUUGGGGCCCGGUAAUUGUGAUUCUAUUAUGGCAGAAAAGGCCAACCAUUUCCUAACACGCAUGAUCAUCGAACGAUCUCAACAGAGACCGAUGACCAAGCCGGAAGCGACAAGGGCCAAAGCUAAAUCGUAUCACCGAAUAAUCCAGGCGAUUCAACGACGUAACUAUGAUUGUAUGGAUGUCGUUCAAGACUCUCUUUAUGCUAUGAUGGAAAACGCAUACAAGACCGAAACGGAGAGUACACAGGAAGUCUAUGUGUCUAUAUUCAAUCAAGCUCUAGAAGAAGCCACAAUGUCUCCCAUCUUGAUUCGUUUAUUAAAACAUAAGGUGGAAGAUGACGAGACAUAUUCACUGAAUGAAGCGCUGAAAAGGAACGAUGCUAUAGAGGCACAGAUUAAGAGUGCCUUUGAUGAUUUUGUGCCACUCAUUCAAAAGCGAAUUGAGGUUCACAGGAAGCAGAUAUACUAUACGGAGAAGCCUAAUCAAGUAAAAUCCAUGAUGAAAAAAGUAAUUAAAAUGGCGCCUCUUCAUGGCCAUAAUAAAAUGUUAUCAGCUUUCCAAUAGCUUGGUCAGGAUAACAACCAUCGGCUACUGUACGCACAGACCUUUUCAUUGUUUUUCAUGUUAAUUCGGUUCUGAAUAGACGCUAAUAAUAAUAAUAUAAUAAUAAAUUGGGUUGACUUUUUGGCUAAUAAUACAACGCUAGCACCUAGUCAUGACUGAAUUGAGACUGUUUUAAAUAUCAUUCAUUCAAUACUCUGUUGCACUAAAAGUAUCAGUGAGCGCAUGAUCACCCAAGUCACUAUCAACUGUAC